AUGAUCAGAGGAGCAGAAGAAUGGGAAGUUGAAGAAAUUGUGAAGGAACAAAAAGUCGACCGAGGGAAGCAGUACUUGAUCAAAUGGACGGGAUGGCUGCAUAGCGAGAACACCUGGGAACCAUCGCAACAUCUUACCCAUGCAAAGAAGGUCCUGAGAGAUUGGCAGAGGAAACAAUCCAACCCAGACACACACAUUUGCCUCCUGCCAACGCUUGAAGCUGGACAUUGGGACUAUCUUAUCCAUUGCUACAAACCCAAAGACGAGCACCUCUCAUAUCCCCAACAACAACUCUUUGACCCUUACAAAAACGUCUUCACACCCAUUGGCCCAGUUGAUGAGGACAUCGACCCUAGAGAGGGGGUAAUGUCAUAA